GGCGAAGCGAAGGAGUGCAUAAGAAACCUCCUGUCGCCCACCCCUUCUGUCCUACUCCCUAGACUACCUUAUCCUCCCCGGAAAUGCACUUGCGACUUCAACAGCCACACCAUGAUCGAACGAGCGGCUUCGACGGCCUCUACUACGCAUAAACGGACCCUCUCCAAGCCGGCCGUCACUACCGAAAGCGGUAAUGGCAUUACUCGAGGUGGUACAAACACAUCUUCUGUCAUACCGCUCUUCAUACGGAACUGUCGCCUGCUCAACCUCGACCGCCUUUCCGACUGGCCUGCUGUCACACCUGCCAUUCUUGCUCAAGAUGCGCGCUCCAGAAUACGAUGUGCCGAGUGGUGCUUAUACCAGCUCUUUCGCAGAUACGACUCGGCCACGACCCAGGACAAGCUGCAGCCCUUCUUCCCCCCUCUGGAACCUCUACAGAGCAUUAACCUGAGAGCAGCGCUGUUUCGAUGUCUGAACGAGCUGAAGAAAGACGGGGUGCUGGGAAAGGAUACGGUCUUGCGGAAGUCAAUGCUGGACGACUGCCAGGGCGACAAGUUCUGGGAGCUAUGCUUGUCCUUCUCGGGACUCGUUUUGCGCAGGGUCACCGUGGAGAACAAGAACAGGCUGUCAUAUGAGAAGCCGUUCGCUGAGAAAAUUGGAACGAGGAAGAAUCUCAACACGAGGCAGAGAGACAGCAUGCUGCCACUUGCCAUUGCACACAAGGCCGCCCUGGCAAAAGUGCUUACUGAAAAGGAGCGCAAGAGGCAGACUUAUAACAGGCUAUUUGGAGCGCUCGCGGACAAGGAGGCUGAUCUGCGAGUGAGGAAGAUGGAUGUGCUCGAGCUGGCGGGGUCCAAGCGUCGAAGAUCACCUGACGGCAAUGUGGCACAAGAAGUAUUAGACAAGAAGUGGGCUGGCACCGAUGAUGUGCGCGAUGCUCUGCAGAACGGUCAUGUUUUAGCGAGCGACGAUAACCUCUUGACCAAAACGUUCAACGUCGUUUGGGAGGACAACAAGCAGAACAAUCUCUACAGAAUCGACCCCGCAGAGAACGGCCUUCUGUCAGAUCUCGAGGAUCGCACACGACAGCAGAAGCGAAGGCUUCAGCGAUGGCAGAGCUUCCAUGAGAAAUUGCUCAGCUGCAGGAUUCAACCUACGAAUAACGGAGAAGCUGAGACUGCUGCGAAGAGCCCACAAUUACGCUUCGACAAACAUCACAACCUCACAUUACGCGAUAUUGCAGACAACACCCACACUCCUGCUCCCAUCCGCCACAAAAAGCAUGUGAGUGCUGCCAAGUACGACGAAAUCCUGAAUGCUAUGCGUGAUGAGUUGCGCAAGAGGUCUGCAAACGAUCCCACGUCGCCCACGAAGCCAGUGCAGCGAGUGCGGAGACCAAGUCCCAAGCGAAAGAGCAUAUCGGUGGAUACCUCAGUACGGCCAUCGUCCGAAUAUCAUCAGCGAUCAAAUUCUCAGACUUCUGUGCCAAUACGCACCAUGUUUGGCAAACGCAUGACGUCUAGGUCACGAUCGUAUCAGCAGCCGAAGGUCAUCAAUCAGAGAGAACCGAUUCCCUUGAAGUCUGAGAUAUUCUCCCCACUGAAGACAGAUCGUGCAGGCUCAUCUUCACCAAGUCCUCGAACCUCUUUCGUUGCAUCGCCAAUAGACGAUGAAGACCAGGCUUUGGUGGGUGUGCCGCAACGAUAUCGACAGGGUAGCGAUGCUUCUGGAAAUGGUCCCGCGUCCUCCACCACGCCAAGUCGAGCUUCCUCUGGCAGGAACAGUCCUCGCGUGCCUUCGCGGUUGUCUAUCAGCGAGAGCUCUUCUGACAGUUCAGCGGUCGAGCCCACGCAACACCAAACAUUCUCCAGUAGAAAUCUGGAAGGAAUGGGUCGGAUUGCUCGACCCUCCUUGACAGACCGCACACGCAUGUCGAUGGCAUUCAAGAGCUUAGAGUCUAACGAGCUCAACACUGCUAUGUGUACGACAGGAAACGAAAUCAUGAACGAUAAUGAUGAAAAGAACGACAACAAUGCCUUACGAAUCGAUUCCCAUAUAGCCUCUGAUGAGACUGUCACCACACUCUCCACUCUAGAGGCAAAACCUACGCUCAAUCUGCAGGAACGUACACGCCAAUCUAUCUCGCUUGCACCGCAGUGUUCUGCACAGCCUAAGAAAGCCUCUCACAGCCGCUCACGCACAUCACAGAUCUUCCCUGUGAACCAGUUUGAGACGCCCGAAAAGCAGCAACCUCGAAGAUCAACGAUUACCCAACUGGGUGUCGGUGCUGUCGCCCCUGCCGGAGCGCUACGUGAGAAUCGAGACAUCACUCCACGAGAGAAGCUAUUCGAAGAAGAUGUCGAGUACUCUUCUGUAUUCAAGGCUAGACCGAAGUUGGCUAGGAGUCCGAAGCUGUCACCUUUUCCGGAUAGUGGGCACGGCAGCGUUGAAAGUGAAGGGCUGAAUCAUGUUGGCUCUGCAGAUGACGAUAUUGCUAUGUCUAGUCCGCUGACCGGGCGCUGAUACUUGGAGGCUGUGAGAUGGAGAAACAAGGAAGACGAAAUACCCCACGCGCAUGAAAUGAGAUGAGAUGAGAAUACUGAUAUGUUGCCCAAGAAUUUGUUUUACUGAUAGUGAGGAAGAAAUGGAAAGGAGUGAUGAUUAUCGA